AUGUCUCCAACAGUCGAGACCCAGCUCAUUACCAUCCCGCGAGCGACAUACCGGUCCAGCAUUCCAUUUUUACUAGCUGAAUCUCGCCUUCGCUCAACCAUCCAGGUUAAGCCGCAAAGUCCACCAACUAACCGACGUUGGACCCUCAAAGCCACCGGUGUUUCCCACCCAAGAAGCGUUUGCCAAAUACACACCGAAUCACGCAUUGGGCCGCACGAGUUUAUGCACUUCACCGAGUUCGACCAUGGUACAUGGCUAAAAGCCUAUUACCCGAUAUCACAAGGGUGACCGGCUACGAUAUUAGACCCAGAAAUGUGCGUAGCAUCAGAUUUAUACUGGGCAAUCCUUUUGUUGCCCAGACAAUACUCAGGCAUGAUCUGGACGCAGGGUUAUCCGUUCCCGUGGAGCUUUUGCUCUCCGAAGAGGUGGAU